GUUUCAGUAGUCGUACAUAUUUAGGAUUUACCAACUAACUCACAGUACAAAGAAAAACGGAUCAUCAGCAUGAAUACUCAUUGGGUAGCUGCUGUGAUAUACAUUUGUGCUCAUUUGUGCAUUGUGAGUGGGCGCAAGUCAUGUCGACAAGAGAAAAUAAAGGGCCUCAAGAAAAAACAGAUUAUCUGUGAGUACUAUUUGGAGAUUAGCGAGAAGUUCACCAUGGUGUCAGGCGGGGGUCACCAUGGUUACAGAGUGGUGCCCGACUGUACAGAUGUCGAUGGGAAACCUCUGAACGACUCAAAGUGUGCCGCAUGUCCUGUUGAUUCUGACUGUGCGGGUACAGACCAUGCUGGCACAUUUGACGAUGUGAUCACUGCUGAUGGGAUAUUUCGUAAGGUUAUUGCAGUGAAUGGGCAGGUACCUGGACCGAAGCUUGAGGCAAAGGAAGGUGCCCAUAUGGUUGUGCACGUGACCAACAAGUUGAUGUCUAGAAGCAUCACUGUGCACUGGCAUGGAAUGCAUCAAAGAAACAACCUCUACAUGGAUGGUGUUCCUUUCAUCACACAAUGUCCGAUUAGUCCUAGCCAAAGCUUUACGUAUAGAUUUGUUGCAAGUCCUGCCGGCACAUACUGGUAUCACGGACACAUGAGUACACAAACUGCCGAUGGGUUUUCUGGGCCAUUGAUUAUUCACAAAUCUGUCGAACCAAAUGGCCACUUGUAUGAUUACAAACCUGUCAAGGAUAACCGUAUUAAAUCUCCUCCUAAUGACCUAACUAUGAUGAUCCAGGACUGGCAACACAAAGAAUCCGAAGAUCUAAUGGUUCAAGUUCAUGGAGGUGGUUUCUUUCGAAAUCCAUUUUUUCCAAAUGAAACCAAACUGUUCAAAAAUGCGAAAACUAGUGAUGGUACAUUUAUAAGUCAUAUACCAUAUACCUCUGGCCUCAUCAACGGGCGAAUGCGUUUCAAAGACAAGUAUGUUCCAAAUACGAUGUGGCCGAAUCAGCAUUCGACAAACCGAGUCCCAUAUUCAGAGUUCAAGGUCAAACAAGGGACAAGGUAUAGAUUCAGAAUGAUUGGAGCGAUGAUGCAAUUUGCUUACAUGAUAUCAAUUGAUGGUCAUCAACUAACAGUGAUUGCAACUGAUGGUAACGAUAUUAAUCCCAUAGUGGUUGACUAUAUUAUCAUAUACCCCGGAGAAAGAUAUGAUUUUGUUGUACAUGCAAAUCAAAGCCACACUGCCUCUGAAUUUUGGAUCAGAGGGCAGAACUUGGAAUACAAUAGCACCAAUAUUGAAUACGAUGUUCUAAAUAAUUGGAUCUUAGCCAUUCUAAGGUAUUCAAAUAGCGAUGGAGGUAGUCCAACGACAAACCAAGAUUACACAAAACGUUCCCGUAGAAUACUGAACUGCCCCGUGAGUUAUUUUGGCAAAGAUCAAGAAUCUCAAAUAUGCAUCAAAGUCUCUGAACUAAGAAGCCUAGAUUCAGAAAAAUCAGAAAGAAAGGAAAAGAAGUCAGAAAGAAAGGAAAAGAAAUCGGAAAGAAAGAAACAGAAAGGAAAAAAAGUUCCAAAAUUACUGAAAGAUACGAAUCAAAUUUUCCUAAAUUUUGCCAAUAACGGUGCACAUGAGAUGUCAGCUAUAAAUGGAUUCAACUUCGUAGGACCUACUGGGUUCUUUGGUGCCACUUUACCAUACAAUUCAAUAACCCCAUGCCCAUCGGAAUGUGCGUCAGAGACAAUGAUGAGUCAUUCUGGGUGUCAUUGUACAAACAUGAUCGAUCUGGAAUACAAGAACGUUUACCAGUUCAUUUUUGUUAACAUGGGGACAGAAGGGGGAGGACGCUUCAAAGAUGGAUCUAGGUUUGGUAUCACGCACCCCAUCCACAUGCAUGGUCACCACUUCAACGUGCUAAAGAUGGUUUACCCAGAACUUGAUGAAUAUGGCAUCUAUAAGAGAGCAUCAGAUGAUAUUUGCUGUCCUUGUCCGGAUGAUGAAACAAAGUGCUGCACAAAUCUUGAUGACAGCAACAUCAGGUACACAACAACCACGAAUGGAAAGGUAUUUUGCAAGAAUCCAAGAUGGCGGAAUGUUUCUUGGGAAAAGAAUCCUACUACCAUUCAAGGUCUUAAUCUGGUAAACCCACCACAGAAGGAUACGCUUAUUGUCCCGCCUGGUGGAUACGCUGUAGUCGUGCUGAAGGCGGACAACCCGGGUAGGUGGUUAUUACAUUGCCACUUAGACAAGCAUUUCUUACAUGGUAUGGGCGUUCUUCUAAUGGAAGGAAUACAUAAUAUUCCUCAGCCUCCCCCUGGAAUGCCCACAUGCUCAGAUUUCAGCUAUUCACAGGAUGAUUACUUUGCGAAAGUUCGCAACAAAGGAAAAUACAGGUAUGGUCCAAUAGAGCAUGGUGGUAAACGAGGACAUGGUCACCAACAGCACGGAAUGAACCAUCAACACGAAAUGAAACACCAGCAUGGAAUGAAUCACCAGCAUGGAAUGGACCACCAGCAUGGAACGGACCAUCAUAAAGAAAUGAACCAUGAGCAUGGAAUGGACCACCAGCAUGGAAUGGACCACCAGCAUGGAAUGGACCAUCAAAAAGAAAUGAACCGUGAACAUCGAAUGGACCAUCAUGACCAUGAUAAUGUCAAGGGCACUAAUAAACGUAAGGGCCAUGGUAAAAACAAGAACAAGCAGAGAACACCACUCCAUAGACAUACAAGUGAGGAAAAUGAGGAAAGUCACCCUGAUGGACAUAAUAAAAAGAACCACAGACAAAGUACAAUGCAUCAUAACAUGGACGCUGGAGAAGUUAAUGAAGGACACAAUCAGCAUCAACACCAAAUGAACCAUAAACAUGGCAGUGAACAUAACACUGAACAUGGUGGACAAAAUCAGAAUGAGCAUCAGGGUCAUGUUGAUUCAAAUCACAACAGCCACGGGGAUCAUACUAUUGGUCAUGAUCAUCAUAUGAACGUGUAG